UCGAUGUUUUCCCACCUUUUGUUCUGCAUAUUUUGUUGUCGGCUCGGUUCGUUGUGAAAAGUUAAUAAAUGUGUGAAUUUUAAUAGUUAGCCGCGAUCUGUACGAGUUUUACCGAAAGGCAGUAGACGCGAAGACGCACAUACAUAUUAAAAAUUGUAGUGCGUCGCCUCGUUUUUCGCCUGCAACCAACAGUUUGGCUGCGCUUUGAUUGUCGGUGGCAGCAACAAAAAACAUCAAAAUCUCUUCCAAUUUUUAAUCAGAUCCAGCUAAAGCACAGCGGCAUCAUGGAGAACGGCAGCAAGGCAUCUGCCAUGUCCAUCGAACAGAUGUACCAGAAGAAGUCGCAGCUGGAGCACAUCCUGCUGCGCCCGGACUCGUACAUCGGCUCCGUGGAGUUCACCAAGGAGUUGAUGUGGGUGUACGACACCGCGCAAAAGCGGAUGGUGCAGAAGGAGAUCUCAUUCGUACCCGGCCUGUACAAGAUCUUCGACGAGAUUCUCGUGAAUGCGGCGGACAACAAGCAGCGCGACAAAACUAUGAACACCAUCAAGGUUGACAUUGAUCCUGAGCGAAAUGUGGUAUCCGUGUGGAACAAUGGCCAGGGUAUUCCAGUGACCAUGCACAAGGAGCAGAAGAUGUACGUACCCACGAUGAUCUUCGGUCACCUGCUGACCUCCUCGAACUACAACGAUGACGAGAAGAAGGUCACUGGCGGCAGGAACGGCUAUGGAGCGAAACUCUGCAACAUAUUUUCCACCAGCUUCACCGUGGAGACCGCCACGAAGGAGUACAAGAGGAGCUUCAAGCAGACCUGGGGCGACAACAUGCAAAAGGCCUCGGACGCAAAGAUCAAGGACUUCAGUGGCACCGAUUUCACUCGCAUCACGUUCAGUCCCGAUCUAGCCAAGUUCAAGAUGGAGAGUCUCGAUGAAGACAUUGUGGCGUUGAUGUCGCGUCGCGCCUACGAUGUGGCCGCCUCAUCUAAAGGCGUAUCCGUGUAUCUCAACGGCACCAAACUGUCGGUGAAAAACUUUAAGGACUACAUCGAUCUCCACAUCAAGAGCACGGACGACGACUCUGGUCCGCCCAUCAAGAUCGUGCACGAGGUUGCCAACGAGCGGUGGGAGGUUGCCUGCUGUCCUUCGGACCGCGGCUUUCAGCAGGUCUCGUUUGUCAACUCAAUAGCCACCUACAAGGGCGGUCGGCAUGUUGACCAUGUGGUGGAUAAUGUCAUCAAACAGCUCCUCGAGGUUCUAAAAAAAAGAACAAAGGUGGGUGGCAUUAACAUCAAGCCCUUCCAGGUGCGAAAUCACCUGUGGGUUUUCGUCAACUGUUUGAUUGAAAACCCCACGUUCGACUCGCAGACCAAGGAAAACAUGACGCUGCAACAAAAGGGAUUCGGUUCCAAGUGCACACUAUCCGAGAAGUUCAUCUCGAACAUGUCCAAGUCGGGCAUCGUGGAGUCCGUGCUGGCGUGGGCCAAGUUCAAGGCCCAAAACGACAUUGCCAAGACGGGCGGACGCAAGUCGAGCAAAAUAAAGGGCAUUCCGAAGCUGGAGGACGCUAACGAGGCUGGUGGCAAGAAUUCUAUCAACUGCACCCUCAUCCUAACCGAGGGAGACUCAGCUAAGUCUUUGGCAGUCUCCGGUCUAGGCGUCAUCGGUCGUAAUUUCUACGGAGUAUUCCCACUUAGGGGAAAGCUUCUCAAUGUGCGCGAAGCUAAUUUUAAGCAGCUUUCCGAGAAUGCUGAGAUCAACAACUUGUGCAAAAUAAUAGGGUUGCAGUACAAAAAGAAGUAUCUCAACGAAGAUGAUCUGAAGACACUGCGUUACGGCAAACUGAUGAUCAUGACAGAUCAGGAUCAGGACGGCUCCCACAUUAAGGGAUUGCUGAUCAACUUUAUCCACACCAAUUGGCCAGAACUUCUGCGUCUGCCCUUCCUUGAGGAGUUCAUAACGCCGAUUGUGAAAGCAACCAAAAAGAACGAGGAGCUCUCCUUCUACUCACUGCCCGAGUUCGAGGAGUGGAAGAACGAUACGGCCAACCACCACACCUACAAUAUAAAGUACUAUAAGGGUUUGGGUACUUCGACCUCCAAGGAGGCGAAGGAGUACUUCCAGGACAUGGAACGCCAUCGAAUCCUUUUCAGGUACGACGGCUCGGUGGAUGAUGAGAGUAUCGUUAUGGCAUUCUCAAGGAAGCAUAUAGAGUCUAGGAAGGUGUGGCUCACUAACCACAUGGACGAGGUGAAGCGUCGCAAGGUGCUGGGACUGCCAGAACGCUAUCUUUACGCUAAGGGAACCAAGCACAUUACCUAUGCCGACUUCAUCAACCUGGAGCUGGUGCUGUUCUCCAAUGCGGACAACGAGCGCUCUAUUCCCAGUCUGGUGGAUGGACUUAAGCCGGGUCAGCGCAAGGUAAUGUUCACCUGCUUCAAGAGGAACGACAAGCGCGAGGUGAAGGUCGCCCAGCUAUCCGGAUCGGUGGCCGAGAUGUCCGCCUACCACCACGGCGAGGUCUCGUUGCAGAUGACCAUUGUGAAUCUCGCCCAGAACUUUGUGGGCGCAAACAACAUCAAUCUGCUGGAACCACGCGGUCAGUUCGGUACUCGUUUGACGGGUGGCAAAGAUAGCGCCAGCGCUCGUUACAUUUUCACUUUGAUGUCUCCCUUGACGCGACUCAUCUUUCAUCCCUUGGACGAUCCGCUUCUGGAUUACCAGGUGGACGAUGGCCAAAAGAUUGAACCCCUAUGGUAUUUGCCCAUCAUACCGAUGGUGCUGGUCAACGGAGCCGAGGGCAUCGGCACUGGUUGGUCCACCAAGAUAGCCAAUCAUAACCCCCGUGAGAUAAUGCGCAACCUGAAAGGGAUGAUCAACGGGGAAGAGCCGAAGGUGAUGCAUCCCUGGUACAAGAACUUCCACGGACGCAUGGAAUACGUGUCGGAUGGGCGGUAUGUGCAGACAGGAAACAUUCAAAUCCUCCCAGGCAAUCGGGUGGAAAUUACGGAACUUCCUGUGGGAGUUUGGACGCAGAACUAUAAGGAAAACGUGCUGGAGCCGCUUUCAAACGGCUCCGAGAAAGUGAAGGCUAUUAUAUCCGACUACAGGGAGUAUCAUACGGAUACCACAGUUCGCUUUGUAAUUAGCUUUGCGAACGGCGAAUUUGAACGCAUUUAUGCUGAGGAAGGUGGCUUCUAUCGAGAGCUCAAACUCACCACGACCCUGUCCACCAACCAGAUGCACGCGUUCGACCAGAACAACUGCCUACGACGAUUUCCCACCUCAGUCGAAAUCCUCAAGGAGUUCUACAAGUUGCGGCUGGAGUACUAUGCCCGCCGAAAGGACUUUUUGGUGGGUCAGCUGACGGCGCAGGCGGAUCGGCUCAGCGAUCAGGCGCGCUUUAUCCUCGAGAAGUGCGAGAAGACAUUGGUGGUGGAGAACAAGCAGCGCAAGGCUAUGUGCGAUGAGCUGGUAAAGCGUGGCUACCGUCCCGAUCCCGUCAAGGAGUGGCAGCGCCGCAUAAAGAUGGAGGAUGCUGAGGCGGCUAACGAUGAUGACGAAGAGGAGGAGGGAGCUCCCAGUACCAGCUCAAAGGUUAAAAAGGAGAAGGAUUUAGAUCCGGAUAAGGCUUUCAAGAAGCUGACUGAUGUCAAAAAGUUCGACUACCUUCUCGGCAUGUCCAUGUGGAUGUUGACCGAAGAGAAGAAGAACGAGCUGCUCAAGCAGCGCGAUGCCAAGCUUGCAGAACUGGAGAGUCUUCUCAAAAAGACGCCGGAGCUGCUCUGGCUUGACGAUUUGGAUGCCCUUGAGGCGAAGCUAAAUGAAGUGGAGGAGAAGGAACGCCUCGAGGAGCAAGGCAUCAAUCUGAAGACAGCCAAGGCGAUGAAGGGCCAGAAGGCUACCGCACCUAAGGCCAGGAAGGCCAAAGUAUCAAUGGGCGGGCCUGCUGGCUCUGGAGACAUCUUCCCUCAUCCCGAUGGAGAGCGUAUCGAGUUUAAGGUCACUGAGGAAAUUGUCAAGAAGAUGGCACAGGCUGCGAAGCUAGCGCAGGCUGCGAAGCAACCGAAGGAACCCAAGGUGAAGAAGGAGCCAAAGGGCAAGAAGAUUAAAGCGGAUCCCGAUGCUAUCGAAGAGGAGGUAGACGAGUUUGAUGCCAUGGUCGAGGGCGGAACAAAAGCCUCACCCAAGGCCAAGAAGGCGACUGUCAAGAAGGAGCCGGCCGAGAGAAAGCCGCGUCAAAAGAAGGAGAACGGCGGCGCCCUUAAGCAGAGCAAGCUUGACUUCAGUAAAGCAAAGUCAAAGAAAUCCAACGGCGAGAGCGAAGAUGAUGAUGAAGUAAUUGAAGUAGCUCCUCGUGCGGAGCGUCCUGGACGACGGGCGGCCAGCAAGAAGAUCGACUACAGUUUGCUGCUUUCCGAUGAUGAGGAAGGCAAUGUUGGAUCUGGUGAUGAUUCCAGUCCCGGAGACAACGACGACGAGGAUUCUCCCAUCAAGCGUCCAGCCAAACGUAGUCGUGAUGAAGAGAGCAGCGGAGGAGCGAAAAAGAAAUCGGCGCCAAAGAAGAGGCGCGCGGUACUGGAAAGCGAUGAUGAUGUCGAUCUCGAUUUAGAUGAAGAUGAUUCUGAUUUCCAGUGUUGAGAGACUGGUUGGCCUAUAACAUAUUUGCCUAAUAUUGGUAUGAGUAUUUAGCAAGCAAAUCAACGAUUUGGAAUCAGCAUUAUCGGAAUCGGAAAUCCCGGGGAGGCUCUUUCAUCGCAACGGUAGUUUAUAAUUUCAUAAUCUUUUAAUGCUCUCCUCGAAGUUUUGUCAAUGUUUUAUUUUCCGUGUUUUAAUUUAACCUAAGCAGAUAACUUCGCUACAUUCGUUCACUGUAGCUGAUUCUGUGUUUCAGAACAGCAGGAAUUCACAAACAUAAUAUUGGUGUAUUAAGAUGUUUCAUAAACGUAGUUUGUAGUCUCGAAAGUUUUCUUAAUGUAAAUAAAUCAAUUUUACCUAAUGGCUACUUAAA